GAUGUCAGGCCCAAAAGAAGAGGCCAACAAGGAGAAGGAGAUAUGUGGCAUACAAUCAUUGAACAGCCAAGGCAGCCUGGACUCCAACAGGGAGGAUGACAGAGCAUCUCUCAUCCUGACCCUCAUGCUCUACAAUGUGAGGAAGAUUGAGCUCUCUAAGGCAGCCAAAGUCUUUGAGAUGUUUGAAACUCAAAUCUAUCACUUUGAAACCCGUCGAGCCAAAAAGCCCAAGAACUCUGUGGAUGAUCUUGACAUUUUUGUUGAAUGUGAAGUUCACAGUGCUGAUGUUGGUAUCCUUAUCACCUCCUUAAAGAGAGUAGCAAAGGAUGUGAAAACCAGCAGAGAAGACAAAGUGCCCUGGUUCCCCAGAAAAAUCCAAGAUCUGGACAAGUGUCACCAUCUGAUAACUAAAUAUGACCCCAGUUUGGACCACGGUCACCCUGGAUACUCUGACCUGGAGUACAACAAGCGGAGGGCAUUCUUUGCCGACCUGGCCUUCAAUUACAGAGCAGGAGACCCUUUACCUCACAUUGAGUACACAGCCCAGGAAACAGCAACUUGGAGAGAAGUCUACAGGAAUCUGAGGAGCCUUUACCCUACUCAUGCCUGUACCCAGUACCUGGAUGCUUUCCAGCAGCUCGAGAAGCACUGCGGCUACAGAGAGGAUAACAUCCCUCAGCUUCAGGAUGUCUCCAGAUUUUUAAAAGAGAGAACUGGUUUCCAGCUGAGACCAGCUGCAGGACAGCUGUCUGCUCGUGACUUCCUUGCCAGCCUGGCAUUUCGUGUCUUUCAGUGCACACAGUAUACAAGGCAUUUCUCUUCUCCUAUGCAUUCCCCAGAACCAGACUGCUGCCAUGAGUUGUUGGGUCAUGUUCCCAUGCUGGCUGACAAGGAGUUUGCCCAGUUCUCACAGGAUAUUGGACUGGCUUCUCUUGGAUCAUCUGAAGAGGAGAUUGAGAAACUGGCCACACUUUACUGGUUCACUGUGGAGUUUGGCCUCUGCAAGCAAAAUGGAUUGAUCAAAGCUUAUGGGGCAGGACUGCUUUCAUCUUAUGGGGAGCUGAUGUAUGCUUUGUCAAACAAGCCAGAGUACAAGCCUUUUGAUCCAGAAGUGACUGCAGUUCACCCCUACCAGGAUCAAGCCUUCCAGCCUGUCUAUUUCAUAGCAGAAAACCUGGAAGAUGCCAAGGUCAAGCUUCAGAGCUAUGCCAUGAAGAUCAAGAAGCCUUUUGCUCUGCACUAUGACCCCUUCACCAGCAGCAUAGAGGUUUUGAACACACCACAGAAAGUCAAGAGGGCACUCCACCAGAUAAAAGAGGAACUGGAACACUUCUGCUUGGCCCUUGAAAACCUCUCUUAAAACCACGGCAGUACAUCUCACCUGUCACUGAGAUACUUGUAGGUGGUGCUAGCACUUGGAGGCUUAGUGAUGAAGUUGUACUUGCAGGCAGAAAUCUUAAAUGCACAAACUAGCUCAGUUCAGGUAAUCUUUUCACUGUAAUUUAGGCUGCUGGCUUAGAUGAAAUAAUGAGCUCCUGCUUAGAAUGUUUCAAUCACAAACAAGCCUUACUCCAGGUUUUGGUAGGUGAUAUGAGCAUACUUAUGUGUUAUGGGACUCUUACAGGUUUUUUCCUUCCUUUGCCACCUUUUCAAGUGAUCUGUCACAAAACAGCAUAAUGGCUUUUCAUCCACACAGCGUUGUACUUGCUGCCUUAAUGAUAGGAUCACAACCUCUUAGGCUGGCUAGCUGCCCACAGUCAGCAGUCCUUGCAGCUAACUCCUUGCUGCUAGCAAUUAGCAUCACCAAUUGCCCACAGAAAACGAUUGGUCCCCUAAAAAUAUGCGAAUACAAGAGUUUGUUAGAGGAGCACUUCUUCUCACUAUUUAUUUUUAGGUACUCAUUCAGUAGCCUUGAAAUAUGACAAGAUAAUUUCUUGUCACAUUUAAUAUCACAGAAUAUUUGUACCUUCAUUAAAAGAAAAGGAAGAAAAUAAAAGCUCCAAGGUACUCUGGCUCUUUCACAUACAAGGAUGCUUAAUUUGAAUGGGAAAUCUAACUUCUAAGAAGGAAAUUCUUGUGUAAGGAAAGAUUUGUAAAAAGCCCUUUAGCAAAUAGGCUUCCAUUGUUUUUUUCAUGGGAUUCAGAUUCCCCUGCUUACCACUAGAAAUCUUUGCCUCUUGUUGAUGUUGUGAUGAUUGUAGUAAUGAUCAAAAGGUCAAAUCUAUGGAACACCUGGUGGAAAACCUAAGAUCAACCACUAGCAGUCAUAUAGCCUUGCUAUAGAAAAAAUAUCUGGUAUGUUCUGCAACUCAUCUCGUCUCCCUCUCCAGCUUUUGAGAUGUGCCUGAAAUUUAUUUAUGUUCCACAGGUCACAUUUCCCAGAAUCAGUCUAAUUAUUGCCUAUUCCAGACUUUCAUGCUGUUUGAGUCCCCCUCCUUCCUCUACAAUGCACAAAUAGAGGGUAGCUCAGGAAAAGAAGAUGAUGCUCUAGACCAGAAGGGCUCCCUCUCCUCUUAGCAGCAGUGCAAGCAGAUGGGGUCGACGCAGGUUGCAGGCAUGGCAUAAGGGAAAAUGUGGAUCUCAUGGCUCAAGCUGGAUGAUAGCUAUCUACAAAUGUAAAGGCAGAUUUAUCCCGUGCCACUUAGAAGCUCUACUUAAUUCAAAGUUAUAUUUAGCACGUGGCUGCCUCGUCCAUUGCUACCCACCAGCUGCCCAGUACUCAGUGUACAGGGUCUGAGCUCUGAGGAAAAUGGAAGGUGGCUUGGCUCUUGAUAGGAAAGGAGUUAUCAGAAAAUGAGUUACCAUCUCUGCCUGAGCUGCUCGCUGUGGGAUAGGAGCACGUACACCGACAGUUUCCACAGAGCAAUCCACGGGCUGUUAUUUCACACAGACCUUAUCUCACUGUCAUUUUUCCACUUGUCAGGCUCUAUAGAAACUGUCUUAUUGAAAGUUAAUAGUUAAUGCUGGUUCUUAAAGCUCCAUGUCUACAGCACUUCCAAAAAUUUUCCCAUGAGCAGCAAUAUUCAGGGUCUGUGGAUCUGCUGCAACUGCUCCAUUUUAUUAAAAUGUGGUGAUGCCUGAAAAAUUUUGAAGUAUCUUGGCAAAAAUGGCUAUGAGAUCCCCUUCCUCUUAACAGCAGGAACAUCCCAAUCUCCUUUUUUAUUUUUUUAAAUUUGUUUAAAAAUUCUGCUCCAGGAGAACACUUGCAUAUCAUAAACCCUGUUUUGCUAGAAAUUCAGCCAGGGACAGAGCUGAAGUGAGUUCCUUUGCUUCCAGUAUAUUUCUGCUGUGAUGGAAGAUGAUCUCUCAGCAUGCUUUUAUGGGUUUAAUUCUACUUAUCCCGCUCAUAAACACACACACACAAAUACCAUUCCUCCUCAGAGCAAUUUGUUUUCUUACAUAUUGUAAUAAUUUAUCUGUCUGCUU